AUGACCGAGCCGGUUUUGUCACCGGAUUAUCCAUUGUGGGCAUUACAGCCCAAACGCGAGACAACUGUUACAUCAUUUCUUAAGAAAUACCCCGAAUAUGACGGCAGAGGUGUUAGGAUUGCUAUAUUUGACAGUGGAGUAGAUCCCGGAGCACCGGGUCUUCAGAUUACAAGUGAUUGUAAACCAAAAGUUAUUGAUAUAACAGACACGUCGGGCGCCGGCGAUGUGGACACCAGUACUGUUGUGGAGGUCGAUGACGAGGGUUUUAUCACUGGACUCACCGGUACUAAACUUAAGAUACCCGGUAACUGGACAAACCCUACGGGCAAAUACCACGUGGGGGUAAAAAAUCUAUAUGAAUUAUACCCAAAUUCAUUGCUCGAACGGAUGGCCGCCGAGUAUGAGUCGAGUGAAUGGACGCCCGGACACAGACGGGCGACGGCCGACGCUCUCAGAGAGUUACAGGCGUUUGAGUCGAAACACACGGAAGCCAUGAAUGAUAGCUUAGACCAGAAGUUAAUGCGCGAAGAGUUGCGAUCGAGAGUUGACUUUCUAAAGGAUGUCGACACUAAUCGCCAAGACUUUGGUCCCACUUAUGAUUGCAUUGUCUUUCAUAACGGAACCGAUUGGCAGGCAGUUAUCGACACUACAUGUGCUGGAAUGUUAGAUGCCUGUACUUUAUUGGCCACAUAUAGGGACUGUUUUAAAUAUGGUACAAUAUCGGACCGUGGACCUCACGGCACACACGUGGCCAGUAUAGCUGCCGCACACUUCCCGGGUCAGCCCGAUCGGGACGGUGUGGCGCCCGGCGCUCAGAUUGUCUCACUGUGUUUCGCUGACAAUAGACUAACUGAACAUUUUUAUACCAGCUCAGCUAUGAACCGGGCCAUUGAGAUGAAAUGUAACGUUAUUAACAUUAGCAGCGGGUUGGAAGUAAGCGCACCGGUAUUGAAUUUUAUGCACCAAAUGGUCGAUAAGUAUGGCAUUAUAAUAACGGUGUGCGCCAGUAAUGAAGGCCCAGCGCUGACCACAUGCCAACACCAGUGGACACCAUAUCCACACCCAUUCAUAUACGUCGGCGGUUACGUCUCGGCGGAUAUGAUGACAGCCCAGCACUCAUUACGUCAGACCAAUGGUCGCGGUCUGAGCUACACGUGGACAUCACGGGGUCCGGCAGAAAAUGGUGAUCUGGGUGUGAGUGUAUGCGCACCCGGAGGUGCAAUUACGUCGGUCCCCGUCUGGGAUCAAUCCAAAGCGGAUUUGAAAAGCGGCACUUCUAUGAGUGCGCCCCACGUGUCCGGUUGUGUGGCUCUGUUAUUGUCCGGUUUGAACGCUCUGUCAAUGCCUUACUCUCCAUAUAGUGUUCGCCGGAGUAUUGAAAACACGGCAUUCAAAGUACACGAAUACCAGCCCUUCACUCAUGGAUUGGGACUCAUCCAGGUUGAGAAGGCUUUUGCACAUUUGUGUGAAUACAGUAUGGGUUGCACUGAACGGGACGUCAACUUUCACAUCACAACUAAUGAAAAGUAUUCGGGUAUUUAUCUCCGGGAAGUGUCAGAUGUCAGACACCCGACCACUCAUGUCAUCACAAUUAACCCCUUUUUUCUAGACGACAAACAUAUUGAUAAUAAACAAAAAGUUGGAUUUGAGAUAAAGUUAAGACUCGUGUGCGACGACCAGUGGAUUACUUAUCCCACAUUUUUGCAUCUGACUUACGGUACCAGAGAUAUUACCAUUGAAGUCAACCCCAUUGGCCUAGAUGAUGGCCAGGCUUAUUUUACAUGGAUCAAUGCCUACGACACGGAGUGCGUGGAAAAGGGACCUGUAUUUCGCAUACCUGUUACUGUUAUUAAGCCGGAAAAAUUGCCCGAGUCGUUAGAAAUUGUGCACAAACUCACGUGCAAAGCGGGUCACGUGUGGCGCCAAUUCCUAGCCAUUCCCGACACCGUUACGGCGAUGCAGGUGUGGAUAGUGAGCGACCCGACACAGGCGCACACCGGCGAGACUGAGUACUAUCUCCAGGCGCUGCAAAUGCUGCCCAUUGAGCGCCGGGCAGUCAACCACAUGGACGAGGAGUUUAGCUUUUCGGCCGGACAUGAGGUGGACUUUGACCGGGAAGUGACCGGUGGCCGCACUCUCGAGCUAUGCUUUGGCCAGUCGUGGAAAUGUGUGGACAGUACUAAAGUUACGUUCAACGUUGAGUUUUAUGGCUACCGGCCUGUGAUUAAAGAAAUGACCAUGUUGUCUAGUGAGCGCAUCGCCCGAAUGGACAUACAAUGUAUGACCCGUGUUAUGACCAUUAAGCCCAACAUCUAUCUCAGUAAAUAUGUGCAAAUAUUAAAACCUGUUGAGCAUAUUGUUCGCCCACUGGGCGAUCGCGAUGUUAUACCACCCGCGCAGCAGUUAUACGAGUGUCUACUAACCUACAAAUUAAACUUGGCAAAGGAUCAUACGGUGGACAUAGUGUACACUUUUGGCAGUGAUGUAGUGAUGGAAUAUGUGAAUUUGAUCUGGAUGAUUUUUGACACACCCACCAAACGCCAAAUCUCUGCUGGUGAUUACAAUAGCAAAAAGAUUGAAUUAAUAUCAGGUGACUACACAAUUCGGCUACAAAUAAAACACACAAACACCGCCCAGUUGGAGCAGCUAGAUCAUUUACCCGUACGCGUAGAGUACCCCAUAUGGCAAGAGCUAAACCUGUACCACACGUACAGCGACGCGAUACACGACCGGAGCCGGUGGGGUGUUAUCGAGUACAGUGCCGUACGGCCGGAGUCGGAUCGCACGGUGUUUAUCGCCGGUCUGACCGCCGCCCCCGCGGACGCACCGGUCGUCACCGUUGGCACUCAUUUCGAGGGCACCAUUCAGUUGGAUAACCGACGACUGGUCCGUGUAUUCCCGUUCCGGUAUGUCGUGGACAGUGGCUAUCAGUGGGCGCCCAACGAACCGACCGACGGCAGCGCCGGUAGUGAUGACUGUGCGGACACAGGUGUUGGUGAGGAUUCAUUACUGGACGCGAUCGCAGAUUUGAAAAUUAAUUGGAUUUCAAAAUUACCGGACACAGAGUCGGACACAUUAUUCAACGAGCUAAUAGAGGCGGACAGCACAAACACACGGGCUAUAUUGGCCCGUAUGCGGGCACUCAAUGGGUCAGAGCCUAGUGAUGAGCGCCGACACCGGCAGAUAGUAUUGGCCGAUCAGGCGUUGGCUAUAAAUGGGUGUAAAAGUUUGAUUACCACUAAAGCCGCGCUCACUAUUGAAAAGCCGUCGGCCGACACACGGAAAGCGUUGAAAAAGUUAGAGACGGAAAUGUCGACUAUUUUAGAUGUGAUGGUCAUUAAAGGUGUGGCCAUUUGUGAGCUCAUAGACGGACAGUCAGUGUCGGAGCUGAAAGCGGAUCAAAUGAGUGAAGAGUCCUCUGAUGAUAGCACCGAUUCUGGCAUUAAUUCCAAUGGUAUUAUUGAUAUUAUCUCAUCAAUCGGUGAAACACUAACUAAUGGUAAUACAGCGCCAACUCUGCCAUCGUUUACUAUCUCGGAUGCGGAUCAGGUGUACGAAGAGAUCUCUAAACUGACAGAUGAUAUGUACGACACAACUGUGCGUGAAUUCACUGAACGUCACGCCCUUUUGCACAGGCAUUACUGCCGGGCGCUGAAUGUGUAUCUCAAACAGUUUCUCGCUGUGCCCACACUUGAAACAGGGUAUAAAAUGAUGAAGAUAUUUAAAAGCAUGAAUUGGACUCACCUUGAUAGCCAUUGCGUUCGCAACUUUAACGCUAUGUUUCCCAAUGAAUAUCGACUAUUUUGAUACAUAUUUAUUUAUACAAUAAUUUAAUGUUACUCCUAU